GGCGGGGCCGGCGCCAUUUUGCCGGAGCCUGCGACCGAGUGGGAGUGGAGUGGAGCGGCCGUUGUUGCCGACUCUUUCCUCCUCCCCACGGUCCAGUCAGCGGUUGAUUAGGCCAUCGGCCCUCAAGCCGAGACUUGUCUCUCAUUUAGUUUUGGGGAGCGUCUGGCCGACAUGAGUGAUGUAGAGGAGAACAACUUCGAGGGCAGAGAGUCUCGCUCUCAGUCAAAAUCUCCAACGGGAACUCCUGCUCGUGUAAAAUCGGAGAGCAGGUCAGGAUCUCGUAGUCCAUCAAGGGUUUCCAAACACUCUGAAUCCCAUUCUCGAUCAAGAUCAAAAUCCAGGUCGAGGUCAAGGAGGCAUUCUCAUAGACGUUACACUCGAUCCAGAUCCCAUUCUCACUCUCAUAGGAGACGAUCUCGAAGUAGGUCAUAUACACCUGAAUACCGGCGUCGUAGAAGCCGAAGUCACUCUCCAAUGUCUAACCGGAGAAGACAUACAGGCAGCAGGGCAAAUCCAGAUCCCAACACUUGCCUUGGAGUGUUUGGCCUCAGUUUGUACACAACAGAGAGAGAUCUUCGUGAAGUAUUUUCUCGAUACGGACCAUUGAGUGGUGUCAAUGUGGUUUAUGAUCAGCGAACUGGACGAUCACGAGGAUUUGCUUUUGUUUAUUUUGAAAGAAUAGAUGACUCAAAGGAGGCAAUGGAAAGAGCAAAUGGAAUGGAGCUGGAUGGUCGAAGAAUUCGUGUGGAUUAUUCUAUUACCAAGAGAGCGCACACACCUACACCUGGCAUCUACAUGGGCAGACCAACUCAGUAAGAUAACAUGUUUUCUAAGCUAAACUGUAAGAGCCAGAAAUUCACCAAAAAUGCAUGCAAAUUUUUUUAUUAAUUAGCAGAUAAAAUGAUUUUUUCCUGUAAUUAGAAUGGAAAGCUUAAUUUGUACAUAUUCUAAUAUCUAUUUGAGGAGGGGGACAAAUUAAAGCCAUCAAAGUCGUUCCUGACUCUUUGCUUGAUGCUAAUACAAAUAGAAAAUUUAUUAAAGAUGAGAAAAAUAGUGUAUGCUUUUAAGCAUUUAUUCUCUUUCUAUUCUUACAUGACUUUGGAAGCCUUGUGAAUAGGGAAGGGUUAUUGGAUAGUGAUACAUAUUUUUUUUUAAGUCAGUUUUCACAUUGCAGAAAAUAAAGAGGCUUUUAUAUAUGUUUUUUUUAAUAUAAUACAGCCAAAGACAGUAUUGCUAAGAAUGAAAGAAGGAAUUACUUUCAGUUAUUUUGAAACCUUGCUGAGGAAAAUGUAGGAUUUGGCAAGGAGAGCCUACAGAAAACUAAAGUGAAAAUAAUGUACCUAUGGUUAGGAGUUGGGAAAAGUACAGGAGAAAGUGCUUAGAGUUUAAAUUCACUGCCAAAGUCUUAUAAACCAGAUCUCAAAAUUGUUGUAGUGAUGCACCUCAAUGUAAGGUAGUUAAUUCUUUUUGCUGUUCCGGGUUGGUUAACCUUUUUAAAUUCAUGAUGUUUAUUCAUUGCAUCUGAAUUAGUCUUAAGGACUCACAUCUUAAGCAUUUUGGUACUGUUUCCUAGCACAGUGCUUCAUUUCACCUUGUUGAAAAGGUCCUGCUGGUUUGAGUAGUAUAAAAGAGCAGUUUAUAAUUUGGAGAGUUUUGGGAAAUCAUUCCUGGUUAUUUAUGUAAUGAGUAGGAAGCCAAAGCAGAAUAAUACCAUGGGAGUCAGCAAAGUGAGAUGUGGAGGUAACCGACACGAAAAGCGAUAAUCUUUCUUUCUACAUUGUCUUCCUUCCUUCCUCCGUUUUAUUUAAGCACCAGUUGGUAUUAAAUGAUACUGGAAAAUCACAUUGAUGUAAAAUUUUUAUAUUUUUCUGUAGUAGUGGCGGUGGUGGUGGCGGAGGUGGUGGUGGAGGUGGAGGAGGUGGCAGGCGUCGGGAUUCUUACUAUGAUAGAGGAUAUGAUCGUGGGUAUGACAGAUAUGAAGACUAUGAUUACCGGUACAGAAGAAGAUCACCUUCUCCUUACUAUAGUCGAUACAGAUCACGAUCAAGAUCUCGUUCCUACAGUCCACGACGCUAUUGAUAAACAGAAUGGUUGCAGAUGAGGACAUCUUUCUCUCUCUCUCUUUUUUUUUUUUUUUUCUUUUUUUGGUUUAGUUUGGUGUGUUUCGUUUUUUGUUUUUGUUUUUGUUUGUUUUUGGUUUGGGUUUGCUUUUUGUUUUAAUUCUGGAUUUCCCCAAGCUUCUAAUCCUUCUUACUCCUUUAAAAAGAACCUUUGGAAAAAAAAAAUCUUCGGUUUAUUUACCAUCUACACUUUGUCAGUUGUAUUGCUGUUUCCACCCCUUUUAGUAUACUCUUAAAGAUGUAAUUGUUGUCAUUUUGAGUAGUUAAACAUCUUAAGUAAAAAAGGAAUCCCCAGUGUUACACUUUGUAAAUGUUUUUUUUUUUUUCCUUUGCUUUGCUUUUACAGAAAAUUAACUCCUGGCUAAUCAAAUGAGGAAAGAAAUGAUCUUUUUAAAGCUUCUUUUGUGUUAGAUAUUGUAUUAGACAUUGUACUAGAGACCUGCAUUUAAAACAAACUCCUUUUUUAACUUCUUUUGGGAAAGAUAGUAACACAUAAAGUAGUUCAGUCAUGUCAAGUUUGUCUGGGGUGGCAUGGAGCAGUCAAAUAGUGUAGAAAGUUUGAAGCUAUAAAAGAAAACACUUGGUCAUUUCUUUUGAAGAACGAAAUUUUUGAACCCUAAAAAUUAUGUCUUUUUUUUCUUUUUUUUUUUUUUCUAAGAGAUAAAAAGCUUGUGGACUCCUACAAAACAUGUUGUAUUUAAAAUACAUCUGUUAAAAUUUAAAGUGUGAUUUUUGUGUUGAAUUUAUUGAAGUUUAAGUAUUCCCUUAAUCAGUGAAGGACAACUCUUAUUUAUUACUUAGAGCAAUUGUAUACUUUGCUGUUAGAAAUUUUGGUAUUGGGACAAUGGUUAAGCAGGCUAUUAUUGUAUAGUAUAGAGUCCUUAGAAGAUAAGUGUGAGGAAAAGUAGUCUCCUUUCAAAUAAAAGUUAAUUUCUUUGAAAAUGA